AAAAGAACAACAUGAUCGGUCACAUUCAGUUGUGAUCAGUCGAUCGCGAUAGUAGCUAGCAGAUCUAGCAGACCAGUAGCACUCGCAAGAUCGAGAGAGACCAGUCUCGUCAAAGCAUCCAUCACUCAGCCCUAGCUCACUGACCACACGAGCGUCGGUGCUCUGCGUCGUGAUCACGCGCUCCCUCCUUCAUCACGGACGGUACAACCACAAAUACAACCACGAUUGCAAAGUCGAUACUAUCAUUGUAUAGGCCUGUCAAACCUCUCCGAACCGCUUUGCGUUCGUCCAAGGCAAAGACAGGAGCUAUAGGUGUACAUCAGAAUUCGAGCAAGAUCAACGCGAUACACGGCGGCAGGAUCGUGACCUAGUAGUACACCUUUAAAGGCCUCGUUGGCGUAUCCAUCAACUCGCCUUGUCGCCUUGAGGCAAACCUUGAACCACACGCCCUACGAGAUUUCAGUAUACGGUCACGAUGGCAGCCAUUUAUUCGGUCUUCACCUCGCCUCAUCAUGCACCGAUGCCAAACCAUUUGCCCACCCUGAUCGUCACCCCUCACGGUCAACCCCACAAUAUCCUAUAUUCGUAUCUGCAUACCGAUCACAAUUCGGUCAAUUACCUCUUGACACCAUCGCCAGAGGGCGACUUGUGCGUGGCCAAACUCUUUCCACCGGCUCGACACGGACCGUCCUCUGGGGCUUCCACUAGCUCGCAUUCAUCCAAGUCGACGCCCAGUCGAUCCAAUGUCGUCAGAUGCGAAGCAUCGCGGGAAUUGCGUUGGACCAUCGAGAACGCGGGAGUCAGGAGCCCGAUCUAUAAGAUCGUAAACUCGGACGAUACCCCUCUGUAUCAAAUUUCGAAACCAAAUCCAAACGCCGAAUUUUGGACAAUGUUUUACUUUGCUUACGCUGGUCAUCAGAUUCCGCCGCGAAGAGUCGAAUUUGGCAAGAUUUCGAAAAAUGCUCCAGAGAAGGGAGGCGGGACUCGGAUCACGGUGACGGGCCGGACAGAGGACGAGAAGAAGGUUUGGCAAACUUUGGGAGAGGGAAACGAGGAUUGUGUAGAAUGGGUAAUAGCGUGCGCUUGCCUCAACCUCUUGGAUGACGAAAUUCUCAAGGCGGCCGAGCGCAAGGCGGGCGCACCGGGUCCAGCGUCAUCUCCAGCGCUGUCUGCUGCAAACGUACGACCCCCUCCUACCCGGCCGAUGAACUCCGGGCCACAAGCCACGUCGCGCUCGCUUCCCAACGCCUCCCACUCCAGCCCAAUCUUACCUUCAGCCCAAGCAUCCCGCCCCGGCAAUCAUCCUUAUGGUCAGCAGGCCUAUGAUCCAAUCAGGUCUAGAUCCACUGAGCCGCCUCGAAUACAAGGCGUCCGACAAGGAACGCAGCCGGGCGCCGGCGACCCGCGCUACCAGCAACCAUAUCAUCCAGCAAACGUUGCAACCCAUCACCAGCUUCCUCCCCAGGGCAAUAGGGGUAAUGCGCCAUCGGGUCCGGCACGCUAUGGACCGGGUGGCCAACCCGCACCGCAGGCCUAUGGUUCGCCAUCAAGGGGAUCACCCGCACCGCGUCAGGGACGCAUAUGAACAAUUCGCUAAUGCACCAAAUUGGCUGCAUCGUUCCGUGUUUGAUCGGUUCAUCUCGCUACAUACCAUACCACCUGUGAUUCGAUUUCAUUCUAUACUCACUCGCCUUCCCGCUGUUGCUGGCGGGCAGCAUUGCUUCGCAGACAUUUUGAUCAUCGAAAAUGUGAUACAUACAACUUUGCUACAGCGCGAAGCGUUACG